GAUCCAUUUAUAGAUCACACGGUUCACACCCAUCUUUGAUAACCAAACAAAAACAUUUACACCUACUAUUCCCCAAGGAGUUGCUACAUACUCCACUUGAUACUCGAUCCACGCCACCCUUCGUUCGUCUCGUCCUCCUCGCUUUCCAUGGAGGAAAGCCGGGUGCUUGUCGUGGGCGGCACGGGCUACAUGGGCCGCCGGAUCGUGCGGGCGAGCCUGGCGGAGGGGCACCCCACGCUCGUCCUGAUACGGCCGGAGGUCGGCCUGGACAUCGACAAGCUCCAGAUGCUGCUUUCCUUCAAGGCCCAGGGCGCGCGCCUUGUGGAGGCGUCGCUGGACGACCACGCCGGGCUCGUCGCUGCCGUGGCGCAGGCCGACGUGGUGGUCUCGGCCAUGUCCGGGGCGCACAACCGGAGCCACAACAUACACUUGCAGCACAAGCUCGUCGAGGCUAUCAAGGAAGCCGGGAACGUCAAGCGUUUCAUACCAUCGGAAUUUGGCGUGGACCCAUCUAGGAUGAGGCAUGCUCUUGAACCAGGAAGGGUUACAUUUGAUGAUAAGAUGGAGAUAAGAAGGGCGAUAGAAGUGGCGAACAUUCCGCACACUUAUGUUUCUGCUAAUUGCUUUGCUGCUUACUUUUGUCCUAACCUCUGUCAAAUGCGCACCCUUGUGCCACCCAAAGAGAAAGUUCAAGUAUACGGAGACGGCAACGUCAAAGUGAUAUUUGUGGAUGAAGAUGAUAUCGCAACAUAUACAAUUAAGUCCAUUGAUGAUCCUCGCACCUUGAACAAGACAAUGUACAUAAGGCCACAAGAAAACAUCCUCACUCAAAACGAAGUUAUUGCAAAAUGGGAAAAGCUCUCUGGAAAAAUUCUAGAGAAAGUCCACGUUCCUGCAGAUGAAUUCUUGGCUUCGAUGGAAGAUAAAAAGGCUUACCACUACUACAGAAUUCUUUAUGGAGGCGGGCAAAAAGGCUUUUUUGAGGCGGUCAGCGCAACCGUCUCGGAGCCAUCGUCACGGUUAAUGGAGGUCUUUACGGAGGCGGUCGGGUUAAGACAACCACCUCCGUUAAUACUUAUUGGCAGCGAGCAUACGUAUUGGUAGGCACCUUGUUACCCUCUGGGCAUGUGUCAGCGAGCAUAUGUAACAGGUCGUUGAAGCUAGUGUCGAACUACCCAUGGCGAGACUUCAGUGUUAGCAAUUGGAGGUUAAAACGCAAUGCCGUCCAUUGCUUCGGACAAUACUUAUACAGCGUGUGGCAGAACCAGUUUGAAUUAUACCG